AUGGCUGCAGGUUCCCGUGACCGUUUGCAACCCAACCAAGUCAAUCAGCAUCGUGACUAUGACCACGACCAGCACAUCCAACAUUUCCGACAUUUUCCUCACUCGCGUUCUUUGUCGUUGCACACUCGCUUCGAUGGCCCCACCGAUGAAACACCCAAUCUAAACACCAAACGCUCCUUAUUGCACCGCGCCCGGCGAUCCGUCCUAAGCUUCAGCUCACCCAGCCCCCAAGCUUCUGAAUCUCCCCAUGCCUCGAAGAGGCCCAGACAGGACGAAUUACACCAAGAUCGCCCUGAUGUGAAAAGAACCAUGCCAUCAAGUCUGGCUUAUUCUGGAGCGACCAGAACCCUAAAUGAAAAUGCUCGUUCUCUCAACGGCAGUCUAAACGGUACUCAUCGGGGGAUUGAGGACAAGUCUUCGACGGACGAGGGCCGCCCAAAGAACGAGGAUGUGUUCCUAAAUAUUGCGAGAGCUGAUUCUGGCCGUCGCGACUCGAUAGGUCGCUCGGAUUUUCGACGGUCACGGCUUGGUUAUUCUAGCCAAAGUCUACGGUCGCCAACGACAGAACAAACCCCGUCACCCGAUCAGCGGUAUAGCAAUAUCGACAACCCCUUGCAUUUGCAAAAUGAUUCCCCCACUGCCCCCUACAGCUCCAUCCAUACUCCAGCGUCAUCCGCCCAUCCUCUAGACGACUCAGGUCGCUUCCGCUACAGUGGCCUAGGAUCCAGUGCGCGAUCCGCUGUCGGCGUUCCACGAAGCCGCUUCAGCCGCACGAGCCCAGAAACUUCACCGCGCACACCUACCGCUGCUGAGGAACAGGAGCGCCGUCGGCAACCUUCUGCCUCUGAAGUAACCGGGCGACCGCGAGCCGAUACAGAACGAUCGCGCGCUGAUGGAACCGAGUCGACAUUGUCCACCACGGCCCCAUCCACUGUUUGGGACGAACUGGAUGAUCUCAAAGAUCGGAUCAAAAAGCUGGAACUGACGGGGAGGCUACCUCCAUCAUCUUCAGCGGCGAUGUACACCCCUACCAACGAGAGACCGCGGACUGCAAACACUGCAAUUACCACCUUAUCCUCUUCGCCGAAGCAACGCCGCAAAGCCAGCGUCUCAACUGCAGAUACGGAACGGAGCCCGGUGCACCCGAUUCUGCAAUCCGCAUUGGCCAAGGCAAAAGCUGUCUUGAGCGGUGACGUGUACACCUCCCUGGAAGCGACGAUAACCGAUGCUUUGAACCUUUCCACCGCGUUGGGCGUCAAUACUGCCCCAUCGGGCAGCGUCUCUGUCGUGAAUGGAGGAUACACCUCACCCGAACGACAUGCCCGCCGCAAAGCGGACAGUGUGUGCCGUAGCCUGACCGAGCUUUGCCUAGCCUUGACGGAUGAGCAGCUAAAGAGUGCCCGACCGUCGUCAAGCCGUGAGACAGGCGUGCAGCCCCAAUUGUCGAAUGGCACGGGGAUCGAUGCUCGUACGUCCGUACCGACGUAUCAGCGAAACGGGAGCAAGGAGCCCGAAGGAGUUGAGCGGCGUCAUAGCACGACUCGCAUCUCCAGUCGCCUUGACGCACGUCGAGCAUCCCUGGUCAAUACCAGUCCUGGUAACACGACGGAUGUGAAGCAGAGUCCAAGCCAAUCCCCCGGCAUGUCUAACCCAGCCAGUCGUCUCAAUCGCAUGUCAAGUUCCCUCCGCAGCCGCAGACUGACCAUUGGCGAGGAAAGCGGAGAGACUGAAAGUCCACAUAGUCGUUCGAUCUCCAGAGCCAAUACGGAAAUUGGCACACCGCUUCCUGCGCAAGCCAUCCCCCCUCCUCGGCAACGAUUCUCCCAAGGUCACACUGUGUCCCGCUCCAUUUCCGGUGUGCAGCAGGACCAGAGCGGCCUCGCAUACUCCCCCGCUCCCCGCAAUACCAAUCAUCACAGUCUCUCAUUCCGUCGAAGCUACAUGAACCCCGCUACGUACACUCCUGCGACAUCCCGCUCCAACAUCCAGGCUGGGUCUCGCCGUUACGGCCUAACGCCUAGCUUCUCUUCCAAUAACGUGCAGGGAUCUGGCGUCGAAGAAGGUCUGCGGCCCCAAAUGGAGCCCUCCCAGACCAGAAUCUCGACCCCAUCGAGCAAAGUGGCAACCAGCUACACGCCAAUCCAAUCACCACGACUGCGAACGAACAGCUUGGGCGCACGGAGAUUCGGUCUUCGAAAUCGUGCCCCAGCCACCCCCAACAAUGUAAACCUCGAUGACAGCAUCGAUUAA